GGCUGAAUAUAUUUCAGUGCACUCUGCUUGAAGAAUAGAUCAAACGCUGCACGUUCCGAGUGUUCACUAAGCGGUUAUUUAUUUUUCGGCAUAGAAAGGGUAUCAGAACCGGUUAAAUUCCCGUGUCUGCAGAAAAGCUUUCACCGCCUUUUCAGUGUGGUUCCAAGUCGGUGCUCUGCGUGUGGAAGCGCAUGCAUUCAAUGGAUCAACGCAGCACUUUCCCCUUUUUUUCAUAGAUUUAAGUCUGUCAGACAGCAAAGCAAUGAACAGGACACCUCAAACAUCAUUGAAGGACCCAUUCUAAUAGUAUUUGUCUAGCAAGUGUUUUGAGCAAACAUACAAAGAAUGCAUGUUGAAAAAGAGCAAACCUCAACAUCUCAGACCACCGAUAAAUACCAGCCAUUGACAGACGGAAUACGGAGAAGAUAGAAACUACACAAGACAUCAGGAACCAACUAAAGAUAUCUGUGCUCUUUUGAAAGCUAAGGACAAGGAUAAGAGUCUACUGUAUAAAGAUCUUUUGUGUCUCCUAACCUGCUGUUUGAGUUACUGGUUGUGAACGGUACCUGCCAUUGCUGUUUAGUAUCACAGUAGCUUCUUUGUACAUUGCUGAUAUGGCCAGCCAGCAAGAUUCAGGCUUCUUUGAGAUCAGCAUCAAGUCAUUGCUGAAAUCCUGGAGCAAUACUUCUCCAGUAGGUAACGGAUACAUCAAACCACCAACAACACCUGCGAGCAGCUUACAAGGUGACAGAGGUCCACCAGCCAUGAUGCCCAUCAAUGUCGACCCUGAUAUUAAAUCAGGAGAGUACGUCUUAAAAAGCGUGUUUGCCAACUUUACUACUCAGGCUGAAAGAAAGAUCCGCAUCAUCAUGGCAGAACCCCUGGAAAAACCAUUAACAAAAUCCUUGCAAAGGGGCGAAGACCCACAGUUUGAUCAGUUGAUCAACUCAAUGAGUUCACUUGCAGAGUACUGUCUACCCUCUGUUUUGCGCACACUCUUUGAUUGGUAUAAAAGACAAAAUGGUACAGAAGAUGAGUCCCACGAGUAUCGGCCCAGAACAAGUACAAAGUCAAAAGGUGAUGAACAACAAAGGGAUUAUCUUCUUGAGAGAAGGGAUCUAGCAAUUGAUUUUAUUUUUUCUCUGGUAUUAAUUGAAGUUUUAAAACAGAUUUCACUUCAUCCUGUACCUGACAACUUGGUUCAUGAAGUUAUUAACCUGGCAUUCAAGCACUUUAAAUAUAAAGAGGGUUACCUUGGUCCCAACACUGGAAAUAUGCAUAUUAUAGAUGAUUUAUAUGCAGAAGUAAUAGGUGUUCUGGCACAAUCAAAGUUUCCAGCUGUGAAAAAGAAAUUUAUGUCAGAGCUUAAGGAACUACGUCAGAAAGAACAGAACCCGUAUGUGAUUCAAAGCAGUAUUAGCCUCAUAAUGGGCAUGAAGUUCUUUCGAAUUAAGAUGUAUCCUGUGGAGGACUUUGAAGCCUCUUUCCAAUUUAUGCAGGAAUGUGCACAGUAUUUUUUGGAAGUUAAGGAUAAAGACAUCAGGCAUGCACUGGCUGGCCUUUUUGUGGAAAUUCUAUUUCCAGUGGCUGCAGCUGUUAAAAAUGAAGUAAAUGUUCCAUGUCUUCGAAACUUUGUGGAGAGUCUCUAUGACACAACACUAGAAUUGUCAACUCGCAAAAAACACUCGUUGGCUUUGUUCCCUUUGGUAACCUGCCUUCUCUGUGUCAGCCAGAAGCAAUUUUUUCUUAUUCGAUGGCAUAUCUUCCUGAACAACUGUUUAUCCAAUCUCAAAAAUAAAGAUCCCAAGAUGGCUCGUGUUGCACUUGAAUCACUGUACAGACUAUUGUGGGUCUACAUGAUAAGGAUCAAAUGUGAAAGUAAUAACGUGACACAGAGUCGACUUGGAAGCAUUACCACAACACUUUUCCCCAAAGGAUCUCGCAGCGUGGUACCGAGGGAUAUGCCUCUCAAUAUUUUUGUGAAAAUCAUACAGUUCAUUGCACAGGAGCGACUAGAUUUUGCUAUGAAGGAAAUCAUAUUUGACCUCCUUAGUGUUGGAAAGUCACCAAAGACCUUCAGUUUAAAUCCUGAGAGAAUGAACAUUGGUUUGAGAGCCUUCCUUGUGGUUGCUGACAAUCUGCAACAGAAGGAUGGGGAGCCACCAAUGCCUAACACAGGAGCUGUACUGCCUUCUGGCAAUACACUGAGAGUGAAGAAGACCUACUUGAGUAAAACUUUGACAGAGGAAGAAGCAAAAAUGAUAGGCAUAUCUCUGUACUACCCACAACUAAGAAAAGCCCUAGAUAGCAUCUUAAGGCACCUCGACAAAGAAGUUGGGCGUUGUAUGAUGUUGACCAAUACACAGAUAUUGAACAAAGAACCUGAAGACAUGAUCACGGGUGAAAGGAAACCAAAAAUUGACCUUUUUAGGACCAGCGUAGCUGCCAUUCCACGAAUAAUACCGGAUGGAAUGUCAAAACUGGAAUUGAUUGACUUACUGGCAAGGUUAACCAUCCACAUGGAUGAUGAACUUCGCCACAUUGCACAAAACUCUCUUCAGAGUCUUCUUGUUGAUUUUGCUGACUGGAGGGAAGAUGUAUUGUUUGGUUUCACCAACUUUCUACUUCGCGAAGUGAAUGACACUCAACAGAAUCUUCUUGAUAGCUCUCUAAAAUUGUUGGUACAUCUACUCACUCAGUGGAAGCUUGCAAUACAGACUCAAAGCAAGGGCCAAGACCAUACUAAACUAAGGACGUCAGAGCUUCAACAGGAAAGGAGUCCUCAUUCAAAUGUACUACAUGCUGUGGAAGGAUUUGCACUUGUUUUACUUUGUAGUUGUCAGAUUGCAACACGAAAGUUGGCUGUUUCUAUCCUGAAGGAAGUUCGUGCUUUGUUUUCAGCUUUAGGACAAUCAGAGGAUGAUGAUAAGCCAAUGAUUGAAGUUAUGGAUCAGUUGAGUUCAUCAAUUCUGGAGAGUUUUAUCCAUGUAGCAGCCUCAGAUUCAACCGCCUUAACCUUUGGACACAAUGGGGAUUUACAAUGGCUGGUAGAGUGGAAUGCAGUUUUGGUUAACAGCCAUUAUGAUGUGAAGAGUCCUUCUCAUGUCUGGAUAUUUGCACAGUCUGUGAAAGAUCCCUGGGUUCUGUGCCUCUUCAGCUUCCUCAGACUGGAGAAUCUUCCAAAGCAUUGCCCUACUGCACUUAGCUAUGCCUGGCCAUAUGCCUUUACCAGAUUGCAGCUGUUAAUGCCUCACAUUGAUCCUAAUAGUCCUAUGUACACAAAAAAAGUGAGUACAGCAAGUGGUGGGGACAACUAUGUGACCCUUUGGAGAAACUAUCUUAUCCUUUGCUUUGGAGUAGCGAAACCCAGUAUCAUGAGCCCUGGUCACCUGAGAGCAUCAACUCCAGAAAUCAUGGCUACAACUCCUGAUGGUAGCUAUAGCUAUGAUAACAAGGUCAUAGGAACGCCAUCUGUAGCAGUAUUGUUGAAACAACUGGUUCCAUUGAUGCGUGCUGAAAGCAUAGAAAUUACAGAAUCACUGGUACUGGGAUUUGGAAGGACAAAUUCUCUGGUGUUCAGAGAAUUAGUUGAAGAGCUACAUCCAUUGAUGAAGGAAGCUCUUGAACGCCGACCAGAGAACAAGAAGCGUCGUGAGCGUCGAGAUUUAUUACGACUGCAACUUUUAAGGAUAUUUGAACUUCUAGCUGAUGCUGGGGUCAUAAGUGACAAUACUAAUGGAGCUUUAGAACGGGAUACUUUGGCACUGGGAGCCCUGUUCUUAGAGUAUGUCGAUUUAACCCGGAUGCUGUUGGAGGCAGAAAAUGACAAAGAUGUUGAAAUUCUAAAAGACAUCCGAGCUCAUUUUAGUGCAAUGGUAGCCAAUUUGAUCCAGUGUGUUCCAGUACAUCACCGCAGAUUCCUAUUCCCACAACAGAGUUUGCGUCAUCAUCUUUUUAUCUUGUUCAGCCAAUGGGCAGGGCCAUUUAGCGUCAUGUUUACUCCUCUGGAUCGCUAUAGUGACAGAAACCACCAAAUUACAAGAUACCAGUAUUGUGCAUUAAAGGCAAUGUCAGCUGUGCUGUGUUGUGGCCCAGUGUUUGAUAAUGUGGGUCUUUCUCCAGAUGGUUACCUUUAUAAAUGGUUGGAUAAUAUUUUGGCAUGCCAUGAUCUACGGGUCCACCAGCUUGGCUGUGAAGUUGUGAUAUUACUGCUAGAACUAAAUCCAGACCAAGUAAACCUUUUCAAUUGGGCUGUAGAUCGUUGUUACACAGGAUCUCACCAGCUGGCAUCAGGGUGUUUCAAAGCCAUUGCUACUGUAUGUGGAAGCAGAAACUAUCCAUGUGAUAUAGUGACAUUGCUGAACCUGGUGCUUUUUAAAGCUUCUGAUACAGACAGAGAUAUUUAUGAAAUAUCAAUGCAGCUUUUGCAGAUUCUGGAAACAAAACUAUUCCUGUAUUCCAAAAAAGUGGCUGAGCAGAAACCUGAUAGUAUUCUGUUUGGAACACAUGGGCCAUUACCCCAUCUAUAUUCUGUGUCAUUGUCUCAACUGUCAAAUGAAUUGGCAAGGAUGUAUCCUGAGCUAACGCUUCCUAUGUUUUCAGAGGUUAGCCAGAGAUUUCCAACCACUCACCCAAAUGGCCGUCAAAUUAUGCUCACCUAUCUUUUGCCGUGGCUUCGUAACAUUGAGCUAGUGGAUGGUGGACUUCUCCCCAUAACAUCAAACCCACAAACUCCUGAUGAACAAGCUAACUACAAGGAGGAGGAAAUGAUUGAGGAAUAUGGAUUAAAAGGAAAUGGCUGGGGGUCUCCACAGGCCACUUCUUUGGUUCUCAAUAACCUCAUGUAUAUGACUGCCAAGUAUGGAGAUGAAGUUCCUGGAUCAGAAAUGGAAAAUGCCUGGAACGCACUGGUAGACAAUGAAAAAUGGAGCAAUAAUCUCAGGAUUGCUCUGCAAUUUCUGAUCAGUCUUUGUGGAGUUAGCAGUGAUACAUCCCUUCUGUUGUAUAUAAAGAAAGUAGUAAUAUACUUAUGUCGUAACAACACUAUUCAGACAAUGGAAGAGUUGUUGUUUGAGAUGCAACAGACAGAGCCUGUAAACCCUGUUGUCCUGCAUUGUGAUAAUCCACCUUUUUACCGCUUUGCUGCAAGCAACAAAACUUCCACAGUUGCAUCAGGAACUACAUCUAGCACCAACACUCUGGUAGCUGGGCAGGAAAGUUUCCCAGAAAUGGAUGAAGGACGAACGAUGAAAGAAACUGAUGAAAGGUUCAACAAUGUUGCGAUAAGAGCUCAUGCUCGUCUUGAAUCAAGGUACAGCAACAGCUCUGGUGGCUCCUAUGAUGAUGAGAAAGGUGAUCCCUUGCCUCCUUAUGCUAGUUGGUUGAUGAAAACUGUGGAGGCUAAUAUACCACAGCCCCUUCCAAUGCCUGUUAAUGGAGGCUGUUGGGCCCCCCUUGUGGAUUAUCUCCCAGAAACCAUCACACCUCGUGGACCACUUCACAGGUGCAACAUUGCUGUCAUCUUCAUGACAGAGAUGGUGGUUGACCACAGUGUUAGAGAAGACUGGGCUCUACAUCUGCCUCUGCUAAUUCAUGCACUCUUUCUGGGUCUUGAUCAUUAUCGCCCAGAAGUAUUUGAACACAGCAAAAGGUUACUUUUACACCUCUUGAUAGCCUUGUCUUGCAAUGACCAUUUCCAGGCUGUGGCUACAGUUCUUCUGCUUAACAGAGAAGUCAGUGAAAGUAAAACACUUACAGUCAAACCAGUUUACCCACCAGAAUAUCUCUAUUCAGGUGGUUUUGACUUCUUAAGAGAGUAUCAGUCUUCUCCAGUUCCAGAUUCAGGAUUAAGCUCAAGUUCCACAUCUUCCAGUAUCAGCCUGGGAGGCAGUAGUGGAAACCUUCCACAAAUCUCACAGGAGAUGGAAGAGAUUGAAGCAGCAGCUGAAAUAGAUGAGAAGGCUCACAAGCUAAUUGAGUUUUUAGCAACUAGGGCAUUUGGACCUCUUUGGUGCCAUGAAGACAUUACUCCAAAGAACCACAAUUCUAAAAGUGCUGAAGAGUUAACCAACUUCCUACGUCACAUUGUGUCUGUGUUCAAAGAUGUAAAAUCAGGCUGCUGUAUGGAACAACGACUGAGUGAAGUUGCCCUACAAACAGCACUAUCCAGCUCAUCAAGACAUUAUGCCGGUCGUUCAUUCCAAAUCUUUAGAGCUUUGAAGCAACCUCUGUCUGCACAUGCUUUAUCGGACCUACUGUCAAGACUGGUAGAAGUUAUAGGAGAACAUGGUGAUGAGGUUCAGGGUUACGUAAUGGAAGCACUCCUGACACUGGAAUCCGGCAUUGACAAUUUGGCAGAUUGUUUGAAGAACAGUGAUUUGUUAGCUGUUUUGUCUCGGUCAUCCUCUCCUGAUUUCAUGAUGAGUACCAAACUGGCAUCAAGUCGGAAGAGCACUGGGCAGCUAAAUCUAACAUCAGGCAUAUUGAACAGUGGUGGUAUUACUGCCGAGCGCAGUAGACAUCAGAGAAGCUUUUCUGUGCCAAAGAAGUUUGGUGUUUCAGACAGAUCUUCUGAUCCUCCACGUAGUGCUACAUUGGACAGAAUCCAGGCAAAUGGACAACAAGUCAUUGUGUCAAAAACCCGAAGCUCAUCCUCUCUUAAAGACAACAUCAUUGACCCAACCAAUAUUAAUAAUCCCAUGAACCUUUUGGCCACUAUUUUCUGGUCUGCUGUAGCACUGAUGGAGUCAGAUUUUGAGUUUGAAUACCAAAUGGCACAACGAUUGUUAAUUAAACUUCUGAUUCAUCUUCCUUUGGAUAAGACUGAAACUAGGGAAAAACUUGAAAAACUACAAGGACAACUGAAAUGGACAAACUUCUCAGGGUUACAGCAGCUGUUGCUGAAAGGAUUUACUUCUCUAUCCACCACAGACCUAACUCUACAGCUCUUUAGCCAACUGACUCCUGUUUCUCGAAUACCUGUGAUAGAUUUAACUCAAGCAAUAGGAUUCCCUUUGAAUGUUCUCUGCCUCCUUCCACAUUUGAUUCAGCACUUUGAUAACCCUACCCAGUUCUGCAAGGAUUCUGCAGAUCGCAUAGCCCAGGUCUGUAUGGAAGAAAAGAACCCCAAGCUUUCCAACUUAGCACAUGUAAUGACUUUGUAUAAAACCCACAGCUAUACACGAGAUUGUGCUACAUGGGUUAAUGUUGUUUGCCGUUACCUUCACGAGUCCUUUGCUGAAAUCACUUUGAAUCUUGUCACAUAUCUGGCAGAGCUGUUGGAUAAAGGUCUUCCCAGCAUGCAACAGUCAUUACUGCAGAUCAUUCACAGUCUUCUAAGCCAUGCAGACUUAUCAUCUAUACCUGUUAAGCAACUUAACAUGGAAGUCCUGAAAAUCAUUGAAAAAUUUAUUCAGAGUGCUCACUGGAAGGAGGCCCUAAACAUUCUUAAGCUAGUAGUCUAUCGAUCUGCAAGCUUGGUCUUGCCAUCUUGUCAACACAGCGACCCGUCUCAAGUAGAUAUGCAUCGAAUGUGGAAAAAUGCUUCGAAAGAAUUGCCAGGGAAGACAUUGGAGUUUCACUUUGACAUUUCUGAGACUCCUGUGAUUGGAAGAAGUUAUGAUGAUCUGCAUGGUCCAUCUGGGAGGGAUGGAAAACCUAGGGCAAUAGCUGUCACCCGAAGCACUUCAUCUACCUCAUCGAGCUCUAAUUCAAAUGUUUUGGUCCCUGUGAGCUGGAAGAGACCCCAAUUUUCCCAGAAAAGAACACGAGAAAAAUUGGUGAAUGUACUUACGUUGUGUGGUCAGGAUGUGGGUCUAACCAAAAAUCCUUCUGUUAUUUUCUCUUCAAGUGGGGAUCUUGAUCUUAUUGAGCAUCAGGCAAGCCUAGUGUCAUCUUCAGAAGAUGGCCCAAGGGAUCAAGAAAAUAUGGAUGACACAACAAGUGAACAACAGUUCAGAGUUUUUAGAGAUUUUGACUUCCUGGAUGUCGAACUGGAGGAUGGAGAGGAACUUCAGGGUGAGAGUAUGGAUACCUUCAAUUGGGGAGUACGGAGACGUUCCCUUGACAGUCUAGACAAGGGGGAUAUGCAGCUUCUGGAGGAGAGCCAGCUUUCAGGAAGUACACCCAGUCUAAGUAAAAUUAAUCAUGAGGAUUCAGAUGAGUCCUCUGAAGAGGAGGCACUUACAGCAAGUCAAAUUCUGACACGAUCACAACUAAUAAUGAAUUUUGUACCUACUGAAGAUACAAGUCACAUGGAUUCACUAUCAACCUCGGGUGACACAGCCUCCGCAGAUCCACUUUCAAUAAACGCAAGGACCCCUAGCUUGGAGGUCUCUCUGGCUGAUGAAACAAACCAGCAGGUGCCUGGGAGGUCAAAGGACAUUGAAUUCAUGACUGAGGAAGAUGAACUUUCUGGAUCUACAAGUGAACUUCCAUCAGCUCUUGAGGGCAAUGAUAGCUUCAGCCUUGAGAUAACAGAACCAGAAGAAAAGGGCGAUGGAGAUGUCAUUCAGUCAGGGCUUUCAAGCUUUGCUGAAGGGGACAGGGAUGGGCUUCAUGAUCUUCGUAUAUCACCCCCUCCCUCGCCUUUCUUUUCUGCAAUACUUGCAGCCUUUCAGCCUAAAGCAUGUGACGAUGCAGAAGAAGCAUGGCGCACCCACAUCAAUCAACUCAUGUCAGAUUCUGAUGGUUCAUGUGCAGUCCAUACUUUUCAUGUGUUCUCUUCCCUGUUUCAGUGUAUUCAGAAGAAAUUCUGUUCCCUAACCUGGGAUGCUGCAAGUUUCCUUGGAGACAGUCUGCGAGGGAUAGGAUCAAAAUUUAUGAGUUCUUCAGAGGUGCUCACCUCAUGCUCAGAUUGUCCCACAGUCUUCUUAGAUGCUGAAACUCUGAUUUCUUGUGGGCUUCUUGAAAGACUCAAGUUCAAUGUCUUAGAACUACAGGAAUAUUUGGACACAUACAACAACAAGAAAGAAGCUGCACAAUUGUGGUUGGCAAACUGUAAAGCAUCAUUUCCUGGUACUAUGGGAGAUACAGUAAUUACAAACCAGCCAGGGGACUCAGAGGAAAAGCAAAUGGAAUCCCUUGCACAACUUGAGUUGUGUCAAAGACUCUACAAGCUCCACUUUCAGCUGCUGCUGCUCUUCCAGUCCUACUACAAACUAAUCGGACAGAUCCAUGUUGUCAGUUCAAUGCCAGAGCUGCUGAAUAUGUCAAAAGAACUGAAUGACUUGAGGGAUAACCUGAAAGAAGCUUCAGCUCUAAUAGCAGUUGAACCCCUCAAAGAUGAAAUCAGUUUACAUGGACUCACAAUAACCUCCUCUGAAACUGCUGUUCAGACCAUGCUGGAGUGCCUGAAGAACAGGGAUCUUAUAACUGCCUUGCGGCAAAUCAGGGAUUGCAGGACCAUAUGGCCUAACGAUAUAUUUGGCAGUAAUAUGGAGGAUGAGGUCCAGACACUUCUUAAUAUUUACUUCAGACACCAAACUUUGGGACAGACAGGCACAUUUGCACUGCUGGGCUCCAAUCAUGAUCUAUCAGAAAUCGGUUCGAAGCUGAUGGAGCUGAAUGGAGAGAUUCAGGAUAUGAUUCAGAAGGCUCAGAGUUACCAUGUCAUCAGUACUUAUCUUCCAGACACCAGCACUAGUCUCUGACAGGAGUGUUCUCUCUCCCUUUUGUUUACAACUGGAAAUGCUGCAAUGCUGGUCUGAUGUCCUUCAAUAUCUUUUCAAUCUUAGAAAAACUUGGCCAGGCUGUUCUCACAUUUGUGACACUUAACAGUUUCAGUAAACUUAAGUGGAAAAAUAUAAAAAUGUGCAGCAAUAUCAAAAGAUCAAAAGUAAAGUAAAACACCCAGUCAGAUAUAAAAGUAGCUUAUUUUCAAAGCACACAUUUAUUCUUAUUUUGGGUAACUAGAUAAGCUGACAAAAUACAAGUUCACACAUUACCUGAGGAUACCAAAGGCCAUCGCAAAUUAAAGCUAUUCUUCCUGAAGAACUAUUUUGACAAAGAUGUAAUUUUACUUUAAGAUGUCAACAACUGAUGCUAUUGCCACAGAAUGGUUGCAAAUUGUAUGCUAAAGUGUGUGAUUUGUGACUAUUGGCUUAAUAAAUGACUUAAUAGCAGGCAACAUGAAGCAGUAUGCAAUGCACUAGGAAGCAGUUUUGUUAAGCUGAAUGCCUGUGUUUCAACCUUUUUUAAAUGCUAAAAACUUUAUUGUAUGCCUAGAACAGGAGCAUUGUUACUAUAUCAGUACUUGUUCACACUGAGCUGCUAUAAAGCACAUUUUUAUUAGAAAAAUGGCACUUAAUUGUUGUCUACUGGGCCAUACAAUGGGAUUUAUACUGUAUUUGAAAUAUCAUGAAUAAUUCAGAUGAGAACUAUUUGGGUGUUGGCUGCUUUUUCUACUAGAUAGAAGCUAUCACGGACUUAUUUAUAAAUAAAAAAAAUGCUGCUUUUAAUAGUUUUGUAGAUGAGGCUAAGAUUUUCACAUCCAAUUAGUUAAUGCCUGCUGAUCUGCCAAGCAUGCACAUUUAUAUGUAAAAUAUAAAUUCUAUUGAAAUGUUUUGAAAAUCAGCAGUCUAUGCUUUAACUUUCUAAAUUCAGUCACGUAGCUCUGAAUUUGUAUUGUGGGUGGGAGGGGGGUCUUCUCAUGCUGAGAUUCUUCCUCAUUUUUGAAACACUCAUUCAGAAGCUAUAUAAUUAAUUUUGCAUGUAAAAAUCCCCUGCACAUUUAAUGGCAUCUUUAGAAUUAUCCAUAUAACUUAUUUACCUUGUAAAUAAUAUUACAGCUACUGUGAAGUACUUUAGGUUUGUGUUUUGUUCUGUAAAUUCAUGGACUGUGUGUACAACUGCCGUAUAUCAUAUAACUAUGUUUAGUGAUGUUAUUCCUUGUGGAAAAGUGAGUUUUUAUUUAAUACUUUCCAUUGCACUUAUUACACUUCAAGUCUAUCAAAGCCACCAGUAAAAAUGUGGCAGGUUAUGAAUUUGGCUGUUUUUCUAUUAUACCUUUAUUGAAACUCAGCUUCCUAAUUCAGAUGGGUGGGAUAGAAAUCUGAAUGGUACAGGAUUCUAUGAAAUGUAAUUGGGAAAAAAAAUCAGGAUGUAAUUCUCCCAAACUGACCUAUAUCCCAUUAAACAUUGUGCAUUAUAAAUGA